CUUUAUUUUCUUCUUAUUGUUGCAUUAGUCAUGGAAGCUUCAAAACUUCAAAUCCACGCUUUAGUUGAAGAGAUCAAAGAAGGGGUUUUCAGAAACGUUGAUCCAUACACAUUGGUUUCCCUUUCAGCAUAUGACACUGCAUGGUUAGCCAUGAUUCCUGAUUCUAACGAACCCUUUCGACCCAUGUUCAAGGAUUGCUUGAAUUGGGUGCUUGACAACCAGAGACAAGAGGGGUGGUGGGGAGUAUGUGACAGCCAUGGCAAUCCGACAAUUGAGUCUCUUUCUGCAACUCUUGUUUGCAUUAUCGUACUCAAACAGUGGAACGUUGGAAAAGCUAACAUAGAUAAAGGGUUAGGAUUUGUUUAUGCAAAUCUGGAGGAGCUUCUUAAAGAAAAUUAUGGUGGCUGUCCCCGUUGGUUUGCCAUGGUUUUCCCUGCAAUGGUUGAACUUGCAAGCACAGUUGGUCUAGAGAUAGUCUUUCCUGACAGAAUGAAAGGGGCAGUGAGCGACAUAUUCUCCCGACGGCGACAAAUUCUUGAAACUGAGGAGCUUGUUGACAAGCCCUACAAUCUUCCUUUAUUAGCAUAUCUCGAAGUGCUGCCUUCAUCGUAUGCCAUUAAUGAAGAACAACUGGUCAAGCAUUUGAGUGACGACGGCUCUUUGUUCCAGUCCCCUUCAGCCACAGCUGGUGCUUUCAUGGCUACCGGAAACAAAAGCUGUUUAGCUUAUCUCCAAUCUCUUGUGCAAAGAAAUUCAAAUGGAGUUCCACCUGUUUAUCCCAUCGAUGAAGAUCUAAUAAAGCUUUCCGUAGUUAAUCAAAUCCAAAGGUUGGGGUUAGUUGAGCAUUUCGUCAGAGAGAUUGAAGAAAUUUUGAAACAAGUUUACAGGAAUUAUAACAAUGAAGGAUCAUCCACAAAGCAAAUGAACUUAUUUUCAGAGAAGCUAUAUAAAGACUCUUUAGCGUUUCAGCUCCUGCGGAGACAUGGCUACAGAGUCUCACCAGGGAUUUUUUGUUGGUUUUUACAAAAUCGGGAAAUUCAAGACCAUGUAGAUAAAGACCAAGAAUACUUCUCAAGUUUGAUGCUUAAUGUUCAUAGGGCCACUGACAUCAUGUUUCCUGAAGAAUAUGAACUUGAAGAGGCUAGAUCAUUUGCAAGAAAAUCGCUUGAGAAAAAUUUAUCUGCAGGAAAUAGAGACCAACAUGAUUUUGCACCCUCCUCUUCUCAUAGAGUGCUGGAAUAUUUAAAGCAGAUUCAGCACGAAUUGGAUCAUCCAUGGCUUACUCGACUGGAGCACCUGGAACACAGAAUGUGUAUUGAAGAGAGCGAUAUGAAUGCCUUAUGGAAGGGGAAGACCUCCUUCCAUCGGUUAUCAUCCUCGCACAACGAGAAAUUAAUUCAACUUGCUAAAAUGAACUUUGAACUUCGACAGUCCGUAUACAAAAACGAAUUGGAGGAGCUAAAGAGGUGGUCGAAGGAGUGGGGUCUUACUGACAUGGGAUUUGGCCGAGAAAAAACUACAUAUUGUUACUUUGCUGUUGCAUCCAGCACUACCCUGCCAUAUGAUUCACUUGUUCGAUUGAUAGUUGCGAAGGGUGCAAUAAUUAUUACUGUGGCUGAUGAUUUUUUUGACAUGAAAGGUUCUCUGGAUGAGUUGAUUAAUCUUACUGACGCAGUUAGAAGAUGGGAUUCUAAAGGCUUGAAUGGGCAUAGUAAGACUAUCUUUGAAGCCCUUGAUCACCAUGUAAAAGAAAUCGCGGAAGAACAUCUGCAACAACAAGGAAGCGACAUCACGAAAGAACUUCAAGAUCUAUGGUGUGAAACUUUUGAGUCUUGGCUUACGGAAGCUACGUGGAGCAGAAGUGGAUGGAUACCAUCAAUGGAUGAAUACCUUGAAACUGGAAUGAUAUCGAUAGCUACUCACACUCUAACUCUUAUAGCUUCAUGUUUAAUGAGCCCGAGUCUUCCAAGUUACAAACUCCGGCCGCCACAGUAUGAGACACUCACCAAAUUGCUCAUGAUUAUCCCCCGUUUAUUGAAUGACAUACAAAGUUACGAGAAGGAACAAGAGGAGGGAAAGACAAACUUGGUGCUACUUUAUGCAAAAGGAAGCCCGGAGGUAGACAUUGAAGCUUCAAUCGCCUAUGUGAGAGAUAUCAUAGCCAAAAUGGAGAAACAGAUCUUCCAACUGGCUCUAAUAGAUGGUUACAGUGACCUGCCAGAAUCGGUCAAGAGUCUCCAUUUAUCAUGUUUGAAAGUGUUUACCAUGUUCUUUCACUCUUCCAAUCGAUAUAAUUCCGAUACGGCACUGUUUCAUGAUAUUCAAAAGGCUAUUUAUGUUCCUAUCCAAUCUGAAACCCUAAAGCCACGGAAGCAUGUUCUUCCUCUUCCUCACGGUUCUACAUCAAAGGAGUAUAAGACGACGUUGAACUCUUAUCGAUUCGAUCGGUCGUCCGUCAAAAGUAGGGGGAGCCUUGCCGCACACGAGGUUCCUCGGCUAACUUCAAGAAAUGGAUAUAAAAAUAUGGUUGUACCUGCAUUAAAAUUUAGAUUAAGUUUUAUUUAAUUACUUUUACGAAUGUUCAGUCUCCGAGACAUAGGAUUUACUCGUGCUUUAUGUAUAAUAUGUCAAUAUAUAUAUGUUGUAUAAUAAUGGACAUACCAAAUAAUCAAUUGUGUUUUUUUUUUU